GUCAAUGCUACGAGUGCAACUCAAAUUAUACCUCUAUAAAAGAUGGGUUAACUGUUCAUUAAAAGGCGACUUUGCCCUCAUUCGAAUUUUGUUUACGGCUCUGCCACUGACCUAUUUUUUCCUCUCUCUUCUCCUCCUCCUCCUGCCUCCUAAACCGAACAGCAGCAGCUGCCUCUCGCUCUCAACUUCACAAAACAAUCAAUUUAUUUGACGGUGAAUAUGAUUAAGAAUGCCAUGUUCGACACAGAGAGAGAGAGAGAGAGAGUGAAGAAUCAAAUCGUAGGUUUUGCGCAGAAGGAAAGAAGAACUGGAAAAGUUGAGGCAUCUGAUUAAUAAGGGGAAGAAGGUAGAUAAGAUAACUCGGAGAAAAGGAAGAGGGGGACGGGAAGCUGUCACGGUUUCGUUUUGAUUUCGCACAACAAUCGUGAUGUGAUACAUGGAUAAUGGAAUUGGUACCACCUCCGAUGUCGGUCAGAGAAAUGAGAGAGAAUCAGAAGUUUUGAAAAAAAGAGGAGAAAAUAAAAAGAGCCAGGGACACGUUAGCAAGGGCACGUGUCCUGACACCGCUGGUCACAGGUUACUAUAUAAAAGGUGUUGCUUGCUUGCUUGCUUGCCGGCUACUCGAAAAAAUCUCACUGCACAUACGUCGAUUAUCAAUCUGGGUGAGAAACUGAGAAUGGUAUUGGUGACGUCGUCGGAGGCGAAGAUCCGGAAGGUGUUGGGAUUGGGAUACUGGGUGCAGGGCUUCAGGUGCUUCCCAUGGUUGGCCGUCAACUUCUUCCUUAAGGACGGACUCCAAGUGGACUCCUCCACUCUCCAGCUCCUCCAGAACUCCGCCAACCUACCCAUGGUCGGAAAGCCCCUUUACGGUCUCGUUUCCGACGCCAUCUACAUUGCUGGCCAGCACCGCAUUCCCUAUCUCGCCCUUGGCGCGUUCUUACAAGCAGUGUCAUGGUUGGCUAUAGCAAUCCUCUCCCAAUCAGGCAUCUCAAUUAGCGCUAUGACCCUAUAUCUCCUCCUCAGUAAUUUGGGCGCUUCAAUUGCUGAGGUUGCCAAUGAUGCCAUUGUUGCAGAGGCAGGAAAACAGCCUGCUUCCUCCAAAAGUCCACAACCAUCAUCCUCGGGCGAGCUUCAGUCUUUUGUUUGGAUGUCUUCAGCAGUGGGUGGAAUCCUAGGAUUUCUCCUAGGUGGUAUUGCCAUCGACAGAUAUGGUCCCCAAAAGAUGUUCCUGUUCUACGGCUUUCUCCUCGGUGUUCAGUUUUUCAUUAGCAUUCUUGUCAAGGAGAGCUCUAUGAACCUUCCCAAGAGAAGAUCUGAUGUUGGAAUUCGAGAGAAGCUUUCCGAGCUGUCAAUUGCAUUAAGAAAACCUGAGAUUGCUUACUCAAUUACAUGGUUUGCAGCAUCAUAUGCCAUCAUUCCAUCAUUGACAGGCACGAUGUUCUUUUACCAGACACAAUAUUUGAAUAUUGACUCAUCGGUGUUGGGAAUCUCAAAGGUGUUUGGCCAGGCGGCAAUGCUUCUAUGGAGUGUCAUCUAUAAUCGUCACCUGAAACCGGUAACACCGAGGAAACUAAUUUCAGCCAUUCAGGUUACCAUGGCUUUAUUUAUGAUUUCUGAUGCGUUGUUUGCAAAUGGGUUUUACCGGAAUAUGGGGCUGUCAGACAAUUUUUACAUCGUAAUAUUUUCUGGCCUCUCAGAGGUUCUCUUGUUUAUUAAGAUUCUGCCCUUCAGCAUUCUUGUAGCCAAGCUCUGCCCACCGGGAUGCGAGGGAUCUCUAAUGGCAUUUGUAAUGUCUGCAAUAGCAGUUGCGUUGAUUAUGAGCGGAUAUCUAGGUAUUGCGCUUGCUUCUUAUGUUGGGAUCACAGGAAAUGAUUUUUCAGGGCUUCCGCUUGCCUUCCUAAUACAAGCAUUUCUCACACUCUUGCCACUCUAUUGGUCAUCAUGUAUCCCUAUCCUUGAAUCGGAACCCGAUCAUGUAAAAGCAAAACCCAGUAGCAAGAAGGAAUAGCGGAAUCGCGGUUGUGCCCCUACUCAUGUUUGGUUUGGUAUUUUAGGCUUUUCUACAUUAUGCAAGGGCUCGUCCUUACCACUAGAUAAUCUGUAUAACUUAUAGAGGACACUUUCAAAUUUGGCAGGAUCUUUCUUGUACUUAAGAAUACUAGUUUUGUUUUGCACAUGAAUCUACAAAAUAAGUAGUUUAUGUUUUAGGGAAAGAGAUUCGGGAGAAUUUUGAUGUAUUCAUUGAUAAUAUGAGGUUCUUUAUA